GUGGUUAGGCGAGGCUUAGGGGUUCACAGUGGGGUCAACCGAGUGGAAUGCUCGCUGCAAAUCCGAAAAACGUGUGCUUUUUUCCCCAGUUCUGGCUUUCCUUUCUCCCAUUGGCUCAGCCUCCCGGCCUUUGGCGAAUGUCAAGAAUUUUGUUUAUUUGACCGCCUUCAAGUGUGUGUGAGGGGUGGUGUGACGGGUUGUUGGGGAGAGAGGAAGCACAGGCCGGGAAGGUCUGCAGAUCUCUUAAGCUCCCUUCAGGUCACGUAAGUGCAUCGAGGUUCCUGGGACAGCAUCUGAACUAAUGAACAGCCUGUCUGCUCUCUUGCACAGCCAGGAUAGCCACAGAGCCCCGUGGAGCAAAGAGCGCAGCCCAGUUAGAGUUAUGGCUAAAACCGGGGUCAGACUGUACACCUGGGUGUGUUUGACUGCCCUGCUGAUGUUUUUCUUGUCGGGAUUUAUGGUGGGCUGGUUUAUUAAACCUGUCAAAGAAAUAGGCACUCUAGUGCCUUUUUACCAAAAUGAAAGGUGGAAACUGAUAUCUGAAAUGAAGGCAGAAAACAUUAGACAGUUUCUCCGUUCUUUUACGAAGCUCCCUCAUUUGGCAGGAACAAAGCAAAAUUUUCAUCUUGCAGAGCAAAUCCAAAGUCAGUGGAAGAAAUUUGGACUGGACUCUGCUGAGUUGGUUUAUUAUGAUGUCCUUCUAUCUUACCCUAAUGAAACAAAUCCCAACUAUAUCUCAGUUGUUGAUGAACAUGGAAUUGAGAUUUUCAAUACUUCAUUCUUUGAGAUACCCCCAGGUGGAUAUGAAAAUGUUUCAGAGAUUGUCCCACCAUAUAAUGCUUUCUCAGCCCAAGGCAUGCCAGAGGGAGAUCUUAUUUAUGUGAACUAUGCACGUACUGAAGACUUUUUCAAGCUAAAACGGGACAUGAAAAUCAACUGCACUGGAAAGAUUGUUAUUGCUAGAUAUGGGAAAAUCUUCAGAGGAAAUAAGGUUAAGAAUGCCAUGUUAGCCGGAGCCAUAGGGAUUAUCUUGUACUCAGAUCCAGCUGAUUACCUUGCUCCUGGGGUACAGCCCUAUCCCAAUGGAUGGAACCUUCCUGGAGAUGUCGCCCAGCGAGGGAAUGUAUUAAACCUGAAUGGAGCAGGUGAUCCUCUCACUCCAGGUUACCCGGCGAAAGAAUACACCUUCAGGUAUGCAGAAAAUGAAGGAGUGGGAAUCCCCCAAAUACCAGUACAUCCCAUUGGAUAUCAUGAUGCAGAGAUAUUAUUACGCAGUAUGGGAGGAAUUGCACCACCAGAUGACAGCUGGAAAGGAAAUCUUAAUGUACUUUAUAAUAUUGGGCCUGGUUUUAUAGGGAACUAUUCCACCAGGAAAGUCAGAAUGCAUGUUCACAACACCAAUGAAAUAACAAGGAUUUACAAUGUAAUUGGAACCAUCAGAGGAUCCGUAGAACCAGACAGGUAUGUUAUUCUUGGAGGUCAUCGGGACUCUUGGGUAUUUGGUGCCAUCGACCCAACCACUGGGGCGGCUGUACUACAAGAGAUUGUCCGGAGUUUUGGAAAAAUGAUGAGUGGAGGCUGGAGACCAAAAAGAACUAUUAUUUUUGCUAGCUGGGAUGCAGAAGAAUUUGGAUUGUUGGGUUCCACAGAAUGGGCUGAGGAGAAUGCAAAAAUACUUCAAGAGAGAAGCAUUGCUUAUAUAAAUUCUGACUCAUCCAUAGAAGGCAAUUACACCCUUAGAGUGGACUGCACACCCCUUCUCUACAAAUUGGUUUAUAAUCUGACAAAAGAGAUUGACAGCCCUGAUGAUGGUUUUGAAAGCAAAUCUCUUUAUGAAAGCUGGUUGAAAAAGGACCCUUCGCCUGAAGAUAACAAUAUUCCUAGAAUAAAUAAACUGGGAUCUGGGAGUGAUUUUGAAGCUUAUUUUCAGAGGCUGGGAAUUGCUUCAGGUAGAGCCCGUUAUACUAAGAACAGGAAAACAGACAAGUUCAGUAGCUACCCAGUUUACCACACUAUUUAUGAGACUUUUGAGCUGGUCGACCAGUUUUAUGACUCUACCUUUAAGAAACAACUUGCUGUAGCACGAGGAGGACUAGUAUAUGAACUUGCAGAUUCCAGAAUCAUUCCUUUCAAUAUUCAAGACUAUGCAAAAGCUUUAGAGAACUAUGCUACCAGUAUCUAUAAUUUAUCCAAGAAACAUGACCAACAAUUGAAAGACCAUAGAGUAUCAUUUGAUUCCUUAUUUUCUGCUGUGAGAAACUUCACAGAUGCUGCUGCAGAUUUUCAUAGAAGACUUGCACACAUUGACUUUAAUAACCCAAUUGCAGUGAGAAUUGUGAACGAUCAGUUGAUGCUGUUGGAAAGAGCUUUCAUUGAUCCCCUUGGUUUACCUGGAAGGCAAUUCUAUAGGCACAUCAUCUUUGCUCCAAGUAGUCACAACAAAUAUGCAGGUGAAUCAUUUCCAGGAAUCUAUGAUGCCAUGUUUGAUAUUGAAAACAAAGCAGAUCAACAUGAGGCCUGGGAAGAAGUUAAAAAACAGCUCUCCAUUGCAGCAUUUACAGUUCAAGCAGCAGCAGGGACACUGAAGGAAGUGUUAUAAGAAGAUGGCAGCAGAAACCUUCUGUCCAUGUGACCAGCCACAAGCACCACCAGGGAGGAAACCAGAGAGCAAGAUUCACCUCCAGUUUUUCUCUGAUAAUCCAUGAAGCCAUAGUUUGAACAAAACCUGUGUAACUGCUAUUUUAUAUGACAUUCUUCAUCCAUUCACUUCAAAGUACUUUAUCAAUUUAGCUAAUGACCUACUUGAAAUUACUUAAUAAUUCCCCCUUUGCCCAGCUGAACCUGAGAAAAGACAUUGGAAGCUCCUUACACGUGCUUAGUUCUAUUACAUUUACAUUAGCAGAGACUAAAACAACAGUCUUGAAGCAGUAGGAAUCAACUUUGCAAAAUGUAGCAAGUUGAAGUAGCAGCUACAAUUCCUCCAACUUAGUUCAGGCCAGGAACCUAGCUGAGAAAUAGUAAUCAGACACUUAAGAGAUAAUGACCAUUAAGUGGUGUUCUAGUCUUCUAAGGACAAAUCCAUCACACUGACUCAUGAAAAAUCCUGAUUACUUCCCUUGAAAGAUGAAUCACUUCUAGACAUUCCCUGACAAUGGUGUUCUACCUUCUGCUUGAAGAUCUCCAGUGAUGGGAGACUACUACUUCCUGAGGCAGAAGGUCCAUUUUCAGAUAGAAUCAAUUAUUAGGGAUUUUUUUCCUGAUAUCAAAUGUAAAUCUGCCUCAUUGUAGCUUCACCCCUUAUUGUUCAAAGCUCUGCCCUCUGGAAUCACACAUAGUAAGCCUAAUACCUCCUCCACUGAUCCAUUGUCAAAUCCCACCCAGGUCUUCUCUCCCCUAAACCCCACCAAGCUAAAGAGCAACAUUUCCUUCAGCCAUGGGCUCCAGCCACUUUAGACACUUUCCUAUAAACAUGCUUGUCAGUGUCUCUUUACGGAAACAAUACUUCAAGCGUGGUGUGGCCAACAAAGAUCACAGUGGAUUAUUAUUUCUCUUAUAUUUCUAUAAGCUUAGUCUAAGAUCACAUUAGUGGGUUUUUUUGGGGGGAGUAGUAUCUGACUGUGACAUAUCUGACUCAUGUUCAGUUUGCAUUCAACUUUAAAAAGGGAACCUUUUCUUGAGUAUCUGUUUUCUUUAAAAAACAUCAACACAUCACCAGUGGGCCAGGUGAAUUCAGCAAUAUCAAAGCUUUGAUAAUUUAGACAUUAAGCAUCUACUUCAUGGAAGGCAUUUUUUUAGACACUAAGAAUACAAAGAUGAAUAAAAGGCAGGCCUCUUCUGGCCUCUAGAAGCUUAUGAUCUGAUAGACAACUAUAGAAACAACUAAUGCAGAUUUGAAUAUGUUAAGUCCAAAGGAGAGAAUAAAGUUGCCCCAGGAGAUCUGAA